AAUCGAGUGCAAGUGCAUGCUGGAGUGCAAUUUAAGUACUCCAGUUGAACUCGUUAUUCGUAUGGCUUGUUGGUGUUGUUUCGCGGAUGGUGUUGUAUCUUCCCUCUGCGGUGUUGUGGAUGGUUCUCGUUUUUUACACGAAAAAAAGUGGAGGAAACGAUGUAUGGUUUGUGGGUGCCUUGUUUAAGGCUAUGAACACCCACUCACUUUUAGCGUGAUUUCUGCAAAUCGGGCAGACUGAGAAGUUCGUCAAACCUCUUUGUGCUUUUAUUUGACAAAGUUGGAGAAAGUGUUUCACCGUGUUUUCCUGGAGGUAAAACUCGUUCUUCGUGAUGGCAGAUUUUGACGCUAUUUACGAGGAGGAGGAAGUGAAUGAACAAAAUCUGGAGGAACAUUAUGUGACCAUGGUGCCGGAUCCUAUAAUAAUUCGUGGUGGUGGCAACAUGACAGUGUUUGGGCUCAGCAAUCGAUUCGAAUCAGAAUUUCCAAAUGGAUUGGUAUCUCGUGUAGCACCAGAAGAAUUUAAAGCAACGGUAAUGCGAGUCAACAGUGUCCUUAAAAAAACUCUACCUGUAAAUGUCAAGUGGCUAUUUUGCGGCUGCGUCUGUUGUUGCUGCACACUAGGAUGUUCCUUAUGGCCUGUUAUAUGUUUAAGUAAACGGACACAGCACUCGCUGAACAAAUUAUUGGAAUGGGAGAACAGCAGGCUCUAUAACAAAUUAGGAUUACAUUGGAGAUUAACCAAAAAAAGAUGUGAUAGUUCCUCUAUGAUGGAAUAUGUUCUUCUAAUCGAAUUUGUUCCCAAAAUCCCACUAUACAGACCGGACUAAAAUAUGCACUUCGUAACUUUUUUGUGCAAUAAAUCGAAAUAGGACUGACAACUCGAGAACGAACGUACUAACAAACUG